CUGGCUGGGUGCCAUGCAGACCGAGCGAAGGCCUGGCUGUUCAGAAAGGAUGCUUAGCUGUAGCAAAGCCCUUGGAGGUUGCUCCGUCUUGAAUGAAGGGAGGACCUAGCAUUGCUGAAGGUGACUGAUGAUCCCAUUUUUAGAUGCAUUCCCACUCCAGACCCAGCAAUUCCUCUUGGGCUGACAUCAUUGUAUCGACAGAGCUAUUUAAGCUGACACAGGACAGAGACAGCGUGAGCCUGGGGACCUCGCCUCCACGUGCUGCUGACCGUGUCUCUGCUCUUGUUCCACAAGGAGACCCCAGGCGGCAUGGCCCCCAAGAAGGACGUGCCCAUGAAGCGGCCAGUAGCCCCACCUGCCAAGCCAGCAGCUAAACCAGCCGUGGGAAAGCCAGGAUUCCUGGCAGCUAAAAGCAAAGCACCGGAAACAGCGCCAGCGCCAGCGCCAGCACCCCCAGCACCGGAGAAGCCCAAGGAGCCACCCAUCGACCUUUCCAAAGUGGUGAUUGAAUUCACCAAAGAGCAGUUGGAAGAUUAUAAGGAGGCCUUUGGGCUCUUUGAUCGGGUCGGCGAUGGCAAAAUCCAGCUGAGCCAGUGUGGAGAUGUGAUGAGGGCCCUGGGCCAGAAUCCAACCAAUGCUGAAAUCCGGAAAGUCCUGGGACAUCCGAAGCCUGACGAGCUGAGUUCGAAACGGGUGGAGUUUGAAGAGUUCCUGCCAAUGCUGCAGACGAUUGCCAAGAACAAAGAUCAAGGCACCUAUGAAGAUUACGUGGAGGGGCUGAGAGUCUUCGACAAGGAGGGGAACGGCACCGUAAUGGGGGCAGAAUUGCGCCAUGUCCUUUCCACACUGGGUGAGAAAAUGACAGAAGAAGAAGUGGAUUCUUUAUUAGCAGGGCAUGAAGAUGCUAAUGGGUGCAUUAAUUAUGAAGCAUUUGUCAAACAUAUCAUGGCAACCUGAGCUGGGGUCUAUGAGUAAGUGCAGUAUUUCCAAGCAUCAUUUAUGUUCUGGAUUGGGCUGCUCAAGAUGCUGCUAUAUUCUUAGGCACGACUUCUCAGCCUGCAGUCCUCAGUGGGGUCAAUUUCCCCUUUUUUCUACACACAAUUUGCAACCCAGCAUUUUUCCCCCAUGUUGACUGUAAAGAUACCUUUAUACAUAUUGAAUUGGUGAAACAUCAAUAAGUGAUCAUUUAUGGAACCAGAAGGGAGCAGCAGCAACUUUCACAACUUCUGUGUGAAGAAACCCACUUCCUUGAAUCAUCGGGCUCUACAAACUACUCGUUUUUUUCUGAACAAUAAAAUUUUCAAUUUUCA